UGUUAUAAAUCCUUUUGAUAGAAAAGUGUGGGGAGCAAAGAAUUGUUGAUUGGAAUGAACUCAAUCGAUUGUAACCUUCUUAGAUGUACUCUGAAAAGGCAAAGUGAAAAUGAUUUGGCUGAAACUUGAUAACUUGAGCAAGAAAAUGAACAAUAACUACAGUUUUGCCAAAAUUUCACACAAUGGGACCCUAGGUAAUGCAGACGGCCUAACCAGUAAAUCAAUAGAAGUAAUGCAAUGAGAGAUUGGGCCCUUAAAACUUGAAUCUUCAAUUCUGUUAUAUUUGCCACGUAAUAUUUACCAUAUCUAUUCCUUCUCCAGGGAGCAUUAAAUUGAAAGUGAAGCCCGGAUCAAAUAAGCUGUUAUGACUUCCUUUUCUUUCUGCCCUUGAAGGUUAGAAGGAACAGGCGAUAAGGAAGAGUACACAAGUCAGAGAUGUUCUCAUUGUUUUAUGGACUUUGGAAGUAUAUGUUUAGCUUUGUUGGAAAAGUUGAAGUCAGUGUACUCAAACUUGGAAGGUCUCCCCCCUGAUCGAAUUGUUCCUACUGUAGGACUCAAUAUAGGUCGUAUUGAAGCGUCAAAUACAAAACUUGUGUUCUGGGACCUUGGAGGCCAGCCUGGUCUACGUUCUAUUUGGGAGAAAUAUUAUGAAGAAGCACAUGCCGUGAUAUAUGUAAUUGAUGCUGCUUGUCCGGCACACUUUGAAGAUUCAAAAUCUGCACUGGAAAAGACUCUUCGACAUGAAGACUUGCAAGGAGCCCCUCUUUUGAUAUUAGCAAACAAGCAGGAUCUUGCUGAAGCUGUAUCAGCCGAAGAACUUGCCCGAUACCUUGAUCUUAAAAAAUUGGAUGAAAGGGUUUACAUGUUUGAAGGUGUUUCAGCAUAUGAUGGGAUGGGGAUUAAAGAAAGUGUAGAAUGGCUAGUGGAUGCAAUGGAGAGAAGCAAGAGAACUGAAACGUUAAGAGCUCGUGCAGGUGUAACCGGCUCUGCUACUGCAUAGAAGACGGUAUAUCACAUUGAAGUUGUGUUUUUUUUUUUUUUUGGCCCCACUUUAAUUUCUGUAGAUAAAUCAGGGCUUAGUAUUGGAUUCUAAAUGAUUACAAAUUAGUUUUCUUUUUCUUUUUCUUUUAAAUACAUAUAUUUGGCCUAGUAGUGCUUAUUGUAAUUUCACCAACAGAAUUGCAAAUAAUACUUAUUAUUACUAGUUUUAUCUUC